UCUGGCAGUAUUAUCAAUUGAUUAUCCACAAUAUGAUUAUGUAACUAUGUAAUAUUUUAUGUCAUAUAUGUUGAAACUUGGAAACUAAUAUCGAAAGAAAUCUUGUGCAAUUAAUAGUAAUACAAAUGUGUGUGUAUAUAUAAUACACAGAAACAUAAAAACCAAGUUAACAAAGCCAAAGAUCUAAACACUACCAAAAAGUAAAAAAUAAAUGAAAAACCUCUCCGUCUUUCUAUUUGUUUUUAGCCUUUGCAUGCUUGGCCAUGUAUCGGGAGCCGGAAUUAGGAUCGCGAACGAACUCAUUCAAAAACUUCUCUGGAUGAGGUGUUAUUCCAAAGAUGAUGUAUUAGAUCCAAAUAUAAUACCAAUCGGAGGGCAUUAUUUAGAUUAGUUUGGCACUAACUUUUGGGGUACCACACGUUUUAUGUGUACACUGAAACAAGGUCCUAACUAUAAGUACUAUCAGAACUUUACAGCAUUCAAACUUUUUAGUAUGGAGGAUCAUGGAGGCUUAUGGGAUUGGAGAGCAAGAGAAGAUGUGAUCUAUUAAAAAAAAGAAGGUAGCCGGUUUAUUAAAAAUCCGGUUAAUUUGCAUAAAGUGUAUGAUUGGAUAAAUUAAAAAUGUAACAAGCUAUCUAAGAAUAAUAAAUUAAUAAUAAAUAUAUUAUGAUUUCAAAACAAGAAAUUUUAUAUAUGGAUAAUAAAAAUCUUCUCAAGUUAUAUUAUGAUUCAAAAGUAAAAACAAAUAUACUGACAAAAAAAAGUAUGUUGAUGUGUCAUUUAUCAGCAAGUAAAAAAUAAAAAUUGUCAAUUGGUAAUGAGACUUGGCUAGUGCUUCUACCUAUGGAAUGUACCUUUAAUCAUUUUAUCUCAUAUGAACCACAAGCGUAUAUCUCCCCACCAAUUGACAAUAAUACAGAAUCAGUCAAGUGUGAUCGUUUAAUUAUGUCAGCUCUUCGAGUUCAUAUACACCUCAUGCCUUAUACCUAAUAAAACAUUUAAUCAAAGAGAAUUGAGAUGGAUUAAGCUGAUAAAUGAGAAACUACAAUUUUCGAAGUGGGAUUAAGUAUUAUUGUCUGAAAAGGGACCGUAUGUGAUACAAACUAAUGAUGUGUGCUUUUUAUGUCGGCUUGCACGCCACGAUUACUCUGCCCAUUAUCCGUGAGCUAGCCUCAGCAAUAGCAUGAACCCAUUACCCAUGAUAUAUCUUCUCCCACUUAUAAUUUAUUUUUAUUUCUAUUUUGUUUGUAGUUAUCUUAUCUUUCGUCAUAGACUCAUAUGCAAGAAUAAGUAUAAUAGUGUUUUCUAUUUUGAUAAAAGUACAGCUAACGGAAAUAUCAACAUGCUUCAUCUUUACCUUUUACAUAUUGUCUAGUGCACGGCUUGACAUUUUCAACAACUUUUUAAAAGAGUUUACGUUUCUUCAAGUAAUUUUCAUCAUUUUGUUUGUAUUACACUUCCUCUUGUUUUUUUUUUCUUCCUCUUGUUAUAUGGUCUAUAUGUGCAUAUAAACGUACACAACAAACAGAAUGGAACUAUAUCAUAUAAAUAUAACGGAAUAAUGUAACAUAAUUUUUUUUGAAAAUAUAGAAUCUUGAUUCUUGGUGAAAAGUGUAUUAUUUUGUAUAACGAAAGUGGGGUUGUUGUUGUAAUAAUAAUGGGAAAAGGGAAAUUCACAAGUCACGGGAAAUUUCGAAGCAACCGACCAAGUAGUUUUAUCGAUAGUGGUGGAGUGCACGAGAGAUAAAGAGAGAGAACUAUUUUAAUAUUGUAAGAAUGAGUUACUUACUCAAAAUAUAAAAUAUAGUUUCCACAUUUUUGCAUUGCAAAAAACUAAACCUGAGUUUAUUGUAAACUGUUUUGUAAUGUAAAAUAUGUUGCCCAAAUACAGUAAACAAUCUAAAAUGUGAAAUGUUUUUGAAAUAAAACAAAGAUAUAAAUUAUUCCAAAAAAUUUGGAUAGGGAUUUUACAUGUACCGAUUUAGUAAAAGGCUCGUCCGAUCCAACAAUUAUAAUGUUAGGCCACACUGAGU